AUGUCGCCAUCGUCGCGUAAGAUUCCAUCUACGGAGUGGGAGCGCCACAAGGCAACCAUCUUACGGCUCCGGCUCAAAGACAAGCUGCCUCUGAAAGCCCUCAACGCAGAAGGCCGGAGCUUGAUACAGGUCAUGAAAGACGAACACCAGUUUCAUGCAACAGCUUCCCAGUAUGAAUCCCAAAUCGCUAAAUGGGGGGCUGUCAAGAACCUGAAGAAGCGUGACUGGGAGAGCAUCUUACCGGUCUAUGACGACCUGCAAAGCCAGGGCCUGGAACCUCGCAUUAGAGUCGGAGACCAUCUAUUCGAGGAUCGAAAGAUUAAAAAAGCUCGUUAUCAUUACGGAGGGAGGCAAAAUUCAUCACUCUCGGAUAAUAUUGCGUUGGCCCCAUCCUCAGACGAGAUACGUCCUUGGUGUCUCGAGUUCCGCCAACCCAAUGGCCAGUACACUGAGUACUUCAAGAGGAAUGAAAACUCCGAUCUGCCUCGGAGUACAACCUCUGCCGCUCUUGUCCAAAUGGACAUCCGCUCUACUGCUGGCAGUCAGCCGUCACAGAUGCACCCUCAUGGAAUCGAGCAUGUCUUCUGCGCGGCUGACACAAUGACAUCCGCGCUCAUACCAUGUCCCCCAUCCUUCAAUACCCCUCAGUGCGAGAUAUUGGGCAUGCCCAGUUCAACAAGCAUUUGUUUCGAUCCGGAUGCCCAUAUAUUCAGUCCGAUUAGCCCUCAAUUGACCGAGUUUCCUGUAUCAGUGAUAUCUCCACAAUAUGAAUCAUCGAAUGUAGAUGAUUUCAUCAACUCCAUUCUUUACCCACCUUCCUCUCCGGGAGAAUGGUUCUCUGACAACAAUGCGGUAGCGCUACUGAGCCCCAAAGGAAGUGAAAUCGACAGUAUUCAUCGUGCUAGCUCACCUAGCCCCCAGCUGGCAAUUCUCGCCUAUAUCGAUCCUCUUUUGGAAAGGAUUGCUCUACAUCCUCGAUGGAGACAAGCUGAUAUUACAGAACUCUCUGUGAACGACAUAUUUGAGCGACUCGUAUCUCUGCCGCGAGCAACUUUGUCUGGGUCAAGCUCCACGUUGGAUUCAACGCUUGUUUCUGGUAGAGAUCGUAAUAUCUCAAUAUCAGAUAUAUACUCCCGGAUCAUGUAUUCUGUACUUAACAAUUUCGCCGGUCUUGGGCCAAUCCAACGUCUUGCUGUUUUUGGCUUUCUAAGACUCGCUCCUGAUGGAAUGUCUUAUCUUGUCAAGUGGCUUGGUUCAGAUCAGCCGUCUAUUGCAAAGCCUGUUGCCAGUAAUCUCUUCCAGCUUGCCAUCGAGGCAGGAGAUGAAGAGGUGGUCAGCAUCAUACUGAAGGAAACUUCGGGCCGAUCGAAUGAGAUCAAUGUUGAUAAACCCAUUUACUAUUUCAGUUCCUUUCGGGGUAGGGAACACUCGCCUCUGGCAUUAGCCGCCCGCUUGCAUCAUUUAGGGGUUGUUAAAACCAUGCUUGCCCAUGGCGCUAAAAUAGGCGUUGAAGGUGAGGAGCUAAACCGCUCCGCGUUUAAAGCAGCAAUGAGAGGAUUUUGUGAUCGAUGCUUGCAUCACAGGGACGGCACGAGUCAUAAACGAGAGGUGGCAUCGAUUGUCGAAUUAUGCCUCUCCCAUGAGCCUCAACGAGUGACAGACUACCUCAUACAGGCAUUUUCGGCACGAAAAGGCUACCUCUAUGAACCGCUAUUUGAAGCUGUGCCAAAGACGCAAUAUCCCAAGCUUUUUAAUCCGGAGGCUUGGAGAGAAUGUAAUAGACGGGAAGGCAUAUCGGCGCUAGACAAAUACCCUAUCCCGAUAUUUCGGUCGAUACAGGAGGUACUGGAGAACCAGGCAGCUGACAAGAUGAUCAGAAGUCUUUUGUCAACAUGCCAAACGUUGAAGUUUAUCCCAGCGUCCGUCAUUGAGCAUACUCGGCUUUUAAAUGAAGCCACCGCUGUGGCAAUCUCCAAGAAUAAUACUAAACUUGUGAGAUAUUUUUUGGACCACAUUAAGCCUACCUCGGGACACCUUGCGUCCGCUGUUCAUAAUCAAGACAACGAAAUGGUCGACUUUAUACUGGACAAGGGUGCUGCUCCGGGGGGGGAAGUCGCGUGCUUGAGACACAUGUACGAGUGCAUGACCGAAGCCAUCCGUUGGAAAAACGCUGUCCUUAUCAAUCGACUUGAAGAAGGAGGAGCCUUGGACACAAUAUUUGAUGAUCGUGGGGAUUUCGGCUCGGAGUUCAACGCUGCAGCUCUUGCAGCCGGUGAGGUUGGUGACUUUGGCUAUCUGAAAGCACUCAUCAGCUUAGUUCCUCCCCGAACCCAAAUGCAGAGUUUAGCUACACCCAUCGUGAGGGCGAUUGAUGAAAGCCAACUUCUAGUUGCUUCGGAGUUGAUUGCUCACCAUGCCAAAGCGACCAGCAAGGCAACUAUCAUGGAUAAAUCAUAUAAGGGGAUAGAGGAGGUUCUCUGUGCUGCCGUGGGGACGGGGAACCUGGAGUUCAUAGAUCAAGUGACGGAACAAUACCUCCUCACCGACUUCGAAGCUGCACUUGCUGUGGCAGCGAGUUUAGGACACACGCAUGUGGUUGAAAAACUUCUACAACGUGGAGCCAACCCGUUACCUGAUUAUGAGUCUGGCUCGCAUAAUCCACUCCUAGAAGCCAUUGAAACUCACAACUUUGGGAUUGUGAGUCUGCUCUUAGAGUGGGGAGCUUCACCCCAUUGCCUUGCGGAUGCCGUCGAAGCCGGGGACGAAAGCAUGGUGCGUUUUUUGCUCGACCGUGGUGCCGACCCGGCAGACGAAGAAGCUAUUUUUGGAGCUGUUAAGGGUGGCAAAAAGGAUAUUUUUUCCACCCUCAUCGGCGCAUUUUCCUCAAGAUAUCCGAAUGGAAAGAAGCAAUUUGGUCCCAAAAUUCUAGAGCAGGCGAUAUCAUCUCGUGAUUUGGCUUGUCUGGGUGCUUUAUUCAAGGCUAAGUUGGGAGUGAAAAGACAUUGGGGACAGUUUCAAUGCAAUCAACUUUUUCUUUUCGCUAUCGGUGAGUCUCGAAAAGGCGACACUGUGAUCUAUGACAUUAUCUGUCAGCUGCUUGAGGCAGGGGCAGAUCCAGACGCGGCGAGAUUGGGGAAUUUUCGCACGACAGCCGAAACUGCACUUUUACGUGCUAUCAAGAACAAUGAUCCGCGUUUGGUAAGAAUGUUGCUGGAUAGAGGAGUCGAUAUCAAUCGCCCGGCACGAAAUUGCUUGAAACGCACCCCUCUUCAACAAGCCUGCGAACAGGGCUACAUUCAGAUGAUUAUGCUCCUCCUGGAUCAUGGAGCAGACGUAAAUGCACCUGCUGCACUGAAUAGCGGUGCAACUGCAUUACAGCUUGCAGCCAUACAAGGUAACUCAGACACCGUCCUACUUCUCUUAAGUAAGGGGGCCAAAAUUCAUGAUCCCCCAGCUUUGAUCAACGGACGGACCGCUCUGGAAGGGGCAGCUGAGCAUGGCAGAGCCAAUGUAUUGAAUAUCCUACUUGCAAAAGCCGCAUUGGGAUACACGUUACAAGACAUCGAUAAGGCAUUGAAAUAUGCGGACAAGCAAGGGCACGAAGGUUGUGCGCACACGCUCAAGUUAGCUCGCUUUAAGCUCGCCUCAGUCGGCGUGCAAUAA